GAAGGGGGUGGUGGGAAAGAAGAAAGGUAAACCAACCACAAGAUACUCUUAAUGAUAGAGAACAAACUGUAAGUUGAUGGAAGGAGAUGUUUAGUAGAUGGGUGAUGGUAUUAAGGAGGGCAUUUGUUGGGGUGAGCACUGAGUGUUGUAUGUAAGUGAUAAAUCACUAAAUUCUACUCCUGAAACCCAUAUUGCACUGUAUAUUAACUAAAAUUUAAAUUAAAAAAAAAAAGUACGUGGGGGUGAGGGGCGGUUAGUAAGAGCUAAAGAUGGAUCUGGAAGAAGGACAUGGAGAGAGGUGACAGGGUACCUACAGAGCCACUGUCUUUGGGGUUGGGAAAGAGGUGGAACUCUGUGCUCCAGCCUAUUUGCUCAGCACAGGUAAUACCCACGAAGCCACCCCCAACACCACAAACUUCCCACUGUGAAAGGAAUUUGCACUACCUCCAUGCUCUCACUCUCCUAGUGGUUUACUGACUAGGGGUGGCCCAGCUGGGAGAGUUUGUACUCUGCCAGCAGAAGUCAAGCUGAGAGACUGCAUCCUGAGCCUGUGCCUGAUCCUGAGAAUGUGAACUACAGGUGCCCAGCAGCUUACACUUAGUGUCCUUGCAUACUGGUUUGGGCUGUGAUUCAGAAGCAUAAACAUGUCUCUGAUUCCAAGGUUUUAUUUUACUGUCACUACACCUGAAUGUAGUUUUUCCAUGUAGAUUUGAUAAAGAGAAGACAGAAAGAAAGAAAGAAAAAAAGAAAGAAGAAAGAAAGAAAGAAAGAAAGAAAGAAAGAAAGAAAGGAAUCAAAACAAAGUAAAGAAGAUGGAUUACCAAGAGAAGCUUGGCAAAUUGUCUAAACACAGACCAGAGUUCUCACAGGACAGAGCAGUCUCAGAAUAAAUGAACUGCCUCAAAGUUUUCACUAUUCAUUCUUGAGAGAAAUUUGGCAUAGGGACAGUUUUUAAACUCUUAUGCUUUAGGCAAUAUUAUCUUUCCCCACCUUUUGCUUAGCAAUCCAAGAUUGUAUAUUUUGGAAGCACAUUAUUCAUGACAUAUUAAAGCAAAGCAAUACUAGUGAAUUAUUCACUGAGAAGUUAUUUCCAUUUACAAUUUUGACCUCAGCUAAAAUUCCCAGUAUUAUAGCAAGUUGCUUGCCAUUUUGUCAAAAUAAAUGAACAUUCCUCCCAAGUUUCCAGUAAAUAGCAUGUGUGAAGGCUGAAUUAAAUAUUCCCAAUCUUAAUUUAACUGCUAAUACCAUUUUGUAAUAUUCAUUUGUUUUAAGAAAUGGCUAAUUUUUUAAGAAAUGUUUUUUACUAUAUUCUCAUUCACUAUUUUUCAUUAUUUUGCUAUUUACUAUUGCAUUUACUGUCUCAAAUGAUAUUUUCCCUUGGGGUUGUAUUAUAAUAUUAAGAAGGUACAAUUUCUCUAAAUGGCUCACUCUAAAACUGGUAAUUACAACCCCUCUUUAAUUCUUUAAAUUCUGGAAAUAGCCAUUUUAUAUAAAUGGGAAAACCUACCAUGUAAUUAUUGAUAUUUACUGAUACCCUAAUAAUUAUUGUGCUUUGAAAAUAGUAGGCAAUUUUGCCUAAAUAGUAGGCAAUUCAAUAGUGAUUCUAAUUCCCAUUUCUAGCUUAGACAACCAAACAAAACAUUUCUGGGAGGAGGAACUAGUGCUUUCAGCCCAUUGUUUAUUUCUGUAGCUUCUUAUUUUCACAUGAUCUCACUCACAGUGUGCUCUAACUACAUUGAACUACACUGGCAGACCCCAGGAUAUGGUAUGUUCUUUCUUAACAUUUGCACAUAACUUUUUCUGUGAGGCUUUUCCUCCAACUAAUUUCCCCUAGCUAAAUCCUCACAGACCUUUGGUUUCAACAAGCCAUCACCUCCCCUAAGAAUCUUUAUUGAAUGUCCUUAAGACUGACCUAUGUGUCCUUUCUAUAUGUUCCAGUAACACCUUGUCAUUCCCUGGAUUUAGACUUAUAUCAACCUGUCCCCCACCUCCAACCCAUAAACUCCUUAAUCUCAAGGAUUAUUACUAGCUUCCCUUUGUAUCCCCAGUCUCCAGUUAGUAAUGAGUGCUUAAUGUAAAUGCCCUGAAUGAAUUAGCAACUAGGUGGAUCAUGAGACUACCUGGAAGUCCCCUAAAGACCUUUCAUUCAUUUUCCAGGGUCAAGAUCUUCCUGUAUAUUAUGAAAGUUAGUUUCCCUUUAGGGAAGGCAAAGUGAAGAACAGACUGGAACUCAAGCUCCCAGAGGAAAUGGGGAAAGGUCAUUAAUUGAAUUAUUGUUUAAUUAUCUUGAUGUUUAACUAAUUUCCAUUUUAGUUUAGCAACAUUUUAACAUCAGUUAUAGUGAAGAUAAGAAAAAUUCAGAUUGUUUUCUGAUAAAUAAAUAAAAUAUUUCUCACAGCUAGUUAUUAUACUAAGGGAAAAGAAAGGAACAACAGUUUGUAUUUAUACUUUUUGUUUAUUAAAAUUUCUUGUAGUUCCCAUAAAAUGAAGGUAUUAAAAAAUAAAGCACAUUUUCUUGCAAAAGAAAAGGAAGACUAAAUUAUGGUAUCAAACAGAUGUGGAUAAUUUAGUUGUUAUAAAAUACUGACAUUAGAAAUAGGUUGUAUCAAAGAAUUUUAUCUGUUUUAAAAAGAAAAAAAAUAUUUUGUUUCAAAAAAUACUGCAAAUACUGCAUCAUCUUACCCAUUUUUUUUUAAGUUCACAUUAACCUGAGAUAGAUUUAUAUGAAAAUUUUAGAAAAUUUCUCCUUUUUAAUGUUGAAAAUAUUUUCAGGUUUACUUUAGAAUUCCAGCUGUCAAAAUGAUCUUCAAUUAAAUCAUCUUUGGUAGCAACAAUGAUUGGCAUUGAAAAUGUCAACUCAAACACAUCAAGCUAAAAGUGAGAGCAAAUUUGCAUCUUGUCCUUAGACUUGGAAGACAUAAAUUCCACCAAUUUGUAGUCUGGUUCAGGUGAGGUCAUUUAUUGUAUGGGUCACAUUUUUAAGAAGAGCUAUUUAAAAAACAUUUUGUAUGACACCAAAAAGCCACACGACCCUUCUAUGCCAGCACCUCCAGUGUUGGGGACUAGGAAAGGGAAGGGGGCUGGAGUGGGUGAUGGCAUUUCGGGAGCCAAAGGGAAUAAGGGAUGCCAGUGGAAAGAACUCUAAGAGGAGUUUCCUGAAUUCAGAAAUUCAUGGGUUCUUGCUGGAGCCAAAGACUCCCCCAGCCUGGGCAGCCCCAGGACCCAGGGCCAGCUCUGCAGGGAGAGCCAUUGUCUGCCAGCUUCUUGUGGAUGCAGAGCUCUUCCCACAUCACUGCUGACAAGGUUUUGCUCAAGCCCAUAGCAUAGCGGUCCUUCCCCACUGGUGGAAAUUGCACAUUUCAGGAGAAAUGAUGUUUGUUUCUUCUACCUCAUCUUCUCGCCAUCUCACCUGGUUUCUGGAGCCACUCAUGACUUCCUAAGGCUGGAAGUCUUCUUGAGAUUUCACCCUCUUUGCCAUUACCUGACAUUUUAAGUUCUGCUUUGGGGGAUAUGCAAUGGAGACAAGGGCUGAGAUCAAGAUAUUGACCCAAAAGAGCAAUUUCUCUUUCUCCUUGGGUUCCAUCUACAGCCUUAGAUACCCUUUGAAAACUACCUGGGAGUUUUCAAACACAGACAGCAAGGGCUAAUGGCAUUCCUGGAGAAAAUAGAUCUGGAGUAGAACAGGCAUUAUUCAUCUAGGCUUCUGAAAAUUUGCAGAUAAACUCAGUCCAUCAGCCUCAGCAGUGAGAUGGAUUAGCAUGAGCUAGGAGGUUAGAGACAGGGAUGAUGGAGGGAAAAGGCAUAUUUGAAAAAUGCUGACAGGACUUCUUAUCUACUAGCUCUGGAAUCCCUCCCACCCACCAGGCUGCCCUUGGCCCUCCCCUUCUACUACUCAAUGCUCAUUAGUGACUUCCUGACUUUGGGGAGACACCCAUGGGGUCAAGUUGCAUUGAGUGGGCAAGAGGAGGGGAGGUGGAGGGUGGGCACCAAGUAAAGGAGGCAAGAGGAGGGGAUUGACUGGGAUUUUAGCUGGGGACCCAUGGUCACUGGGGUGCUUGAAAGUUUGGCAGGGGAAACUGUCCUGGCAGCAGAUACUAAUUGCUGGGGGAGUGAGCAAGUGUGGGGAGGGGAGGGAAUAUUGAAAGAGACUGGGUUCCACUGCUUUAGUUUUGAGAGACCUGGUGAAAUAAAAUCCAAUGACUUUGAGAGCUUCCUAUGUAUAAGAAGGGUUAUAGGUGCUGAGAGGGAGUAAAAGAGGGACACACAUAAUUUCUGGUCCCUUUCCUAUCUCUCCCCUAGACUGGUUGCCCAUGUGUUCCUAUCUGAGGGGUUCAAGGAGCCCAUGGGCAAUUGUUGUCCAGGAUGCAGAGGCAAAGAUUACAGGCUUUCUGUAUUCACACCCCACUCCCCUCCAACAAAGCACCUCCAGUGGGCCUCCUGCCUCUCCUCACUUCUCUUCUUACAGAAUGCUCCAGACACAUUGAUACCAAGUAAAAGGGGACCUAUAGUGCCCUUCCAGAAUUUCCAGUGGCUCCCAAUUGAUGGGCUGGGGGAGGGGGGAGGACAAAACCUCAAGAAAUGACCAGCCAUCAUGGCAGGAAGGGAGGCAACCCAUCUGGAGUCCUAGAGAAUGUGCUGUGAGGAGAGUGCUUCAGUCAGAGCCUAAGCUACAGGCUAACCUGCCAACCAGCCAUCUUCCACUCAAAAUGCUGCCGGCAAAGUCCCCUUCCCACCCUCCAUGCCAGCCUACACUUGUAACCACAGGGUGGCAGGGGGAGGCAGAAGAAGGAAGAAUGGAUACAGGAACAGAAAUGUCCAGUAAAUUCAAUCCAAGACUGACAGAUGGGAUCAAUAAGGCGAGCCAGUCUUAGCACCCUAUAGAGUCCAAUAGAUCAAGACACAGAGUCAACAGAGACAGUGGGCAGUGGAACAGACAGGGAGACAUACCCAGAGACAAAAGAGAGGAAAAAGAGGAAUAUCCAGAGAGCAGAGUGAAAGAUCAAAGACAGAUACAAAGUGACACCCAGAGGCCAGAGAUAUUAGAGACAGACACUGUCUCCGAGACAAGAGUUAGACCCAGGCUCAGGGGGUCUGAAAGCCAUACACCCAGAGCCAAAGACAGAUCCAUCAACAUGAGGCCAGGGCUGAGGAAAUAGCCAGGGAAGUGCACACAGAGAGGGAGGGAAAGGCAGACAGAGAAGGAAAAGGAGGUGGUGGGGACCACAGGGAGAGGCAGUGAGAAGGGACAGAUAGAGGUUGCAAAAGGUGGGAUGCAGAAUCUGCAGAGUCAAGGAUUCUGCUGACCUCUCAGAGAUAAUUUAGGGUAUAGGGGACCUAUCUGGGAUGUAAUUUCGGGUAUGGGGGGAUUUCAACACUGUCAAGUAGAGGCAGUAGUGCCCCUUCUUCCUGAGACUAAUGGCUUCUUGGGUCCAUCAUUUGUGUAUUCAGUCCAGACUCUAAGUAGGCUCCAUCUUCUCCAUCUCUGAUAAGUCUUGCUUCCAUUUGAAGAUUAAUGUUAUGGGAAGGAGGAGGUACCUUCCUUUGGUCACUAUUCCAGGGUCUUGGAAGCUCUAUGUUUUGAAUGCCUAGAGCAGGAAGCUCUCUAGGCAAGGACAGUAUCUUUUUCUUUAUUCCUCCAGCACCAUGCUCAAUGCAUAUUCAGUUAGAAUGUGCUAUGAAUACUGAGAGAUUGUCUCAGGAAAUACCUUCUAGUGAAUCUUAAGCCAAUUCUCUUUUAGUUUUAUUCAUACAGUGAUGGGAAACAUGGGUGAGGCAGUAGGAUAAAUGGUGUUGGUAGAGGAACCUAGUAGGAGAUUUUGGAAGAGAUGGCUGGGGAGGGUGCUUCUAUCCUUGUUUAAAGGACUCCUGAGUGUUCUCUUUAGCUGGAUAUAGAACUGGCCUCCAAAUCACCACAGGCUGACUCCAAGUAGCUCCCUACACUCUCCUCCUGCCAACCAGGACCUCUUCCAUACCCCGGACCCCAGGAAGCUUUCUUACUUCUAAAUUCACAUCUUGCUGUCACAAAGUCCUGAACAAAGUCCCAUUUAAGUCCUCACUCCACCCACUUACCCAGACAGGAUCCCAUUAGUCUUCCAUUGCCCACCUCCAGCUUUCCUCCAGGAUUCCAGCUAAGCCACCUCCAUCAUCUCCCAUCCUUUCCUUGCCCUGGCCUUAGCAAGAUAGAAACCCCAGAAGCCACACCUCCCUAGGGUCCUGCCUCCCCAGGGCCCCACCUCCUGAGGGCCCCAACUGUCUGACACUCUCUAAGCUCCACUCCAACUCCUGACUGCUUGGCCAACCUCCUUACCUGUCCCUGGGUUUGACUUGCACUUUCUACUCAGGUCUCUCUCCUCUGAGGUAGGAAAAGACCAUAGGCAUUAUGGAGGGAUAACACAUACCUAAUGAAGUAUGAAGCAGCAGAUUUGAAGCCUGAGCAACAGAAGUCAGCAUCCCAACCCAACUAGGCUUAACUAGCCUCACGGAAUCUAAUCUGAGACUCUUGGAUUUCUGGGCUUGCUACAGUGCUGACCCUAGAAUCCUCUUCAAUUCCAGCCACAAUGCUAUGUCAGGCAUUUCACAGAUUUGGUCAAAAGCUGAUACGCAGACGUAUCCUGCAGCAAGACAUGGCUGAAGCUGCCCCUACCAGAAGCCUGAGCACUCUGGAUUUAGUGGUCCUGGGUUUGGGUCACACAGUGGGUGUAGGUGUGUAUGUCCUGGCUUGUGAGGUGGCCAGCAAUCAAGCAGGACCAUCCACUAUGAUCUGCUUUUUGAUGGCCGGUCUAUCUUCUGUGUUGGCCGGGCUGUGUUUUGCAGAGUUUGGUGCCCGGGUUCCCUAUUCUGGCUCUGCAUAUCUCUACAGUUAUGUCACUGUAGGUGAACUCUGGGCUUUCAUCACUGGCUGGAACCUCAUUCUGUUUUUUGUUGCUGGUACAGCCAUCGUGUCCUGUGCCUGGACCUUAGUUUUUGACAACCUCCCUGGGAAUGAGAUCUCUCAGACCCUGCGUGAGAGCAUCUCACCCCAUGUUCCCCAUGUUUUUGUAGAAUAUCUUGACUUUUUUGUUGUGGGCCUUGUGUUGUUAUUCAUUGGAUUGCUGACUUUGAGGAAUAGUGAGAUUUUCCUUGUUACCAAAGUGUUCACACUGCUGAAAAUUUUGGUUCUUGUUUUUUUCAUCACCUCUGGCUUCAUUAAGGGGGACCUGCACAACUGGAAGCUCACAGAAGCAGACUAUGUAAAGGCUGGAUUCAAUGACACCUCAAGCUUGGGGACUCUGGGGUCUGGAAGAUUUGUGCCUUUCGGCUUUGAGGGGAUUCUCCGUGGAGCAGCUACCUGUUUCUAUGCAUUUAUUGGUUUUGACAAUAUUGUUACCAGAGUUGAAGAAGUCCAGAAUCACCAGCGUUCCAUUCCCAUGGGGAUUGUGAUUUCACUAUUCAUCAGCUCUUUGAUGUAUUUUGGAGUCUCUGCGGCACUUACGCUUAUGGUGCCUUACUACAAGAUUCAACCUGGGAGCACCUUGCCUGAGGCAUUUCUUCUUAUUGGCUGGGCCCCUGCCUACUAUGUUAUAGCUUUUGGAUUCCUCUGUAGUCUUUCUGCCAGCCUCUUGGGCUUUAUGUUCCCCAUACAUCAGGUAAUACAUGUGAUGGUGAAGGAUGGCCUCCUGUUCCCUGUCUUUGCCAGGAUCCAUACUGGCACAUACACCCGCAUUGUGGCCACUGUGAUCUUUGGCAUUAUUGCAGCAAUCAUGACAUUCUUUUUUGGACUCACUGAUCUUGUGGACCUCAGGUCAAUUGUGACCCUGCUGACUUACUCCCUGGUGGCAGUUAGUGUUCUCAUCCUCCGAUAUCAGCCUGAGAUGCAGAAUGAGGGAAAUAAAACAGAGGUGCAGGAGGACAAUAGACCUUCAGCAGAGCAGCUGACUCUACAGGGACUAUUUUUUCCAUGCAGCUCCACACCUACUCCACUCUCUGGCCGGAUUGUCCGUGUUUGCUCCUCACUGCUUGCUCUGCUGCUCACUCUUCUUUGCCUGGUGCUGGCCCGGUGGCCAGUUCUGCUUUCUGGAGACCCACUGUGGAUUUCAGUGGUUGUGGUGCUCCUGGUGCUCAUCACUGGACUCACUGGGGUCAUCUGGAGACAGCCUCAGAGCUCCAGUCCCCUUUACUUUAAGGUCCCUGCUCUGCCUCUCCUCCCACUACUGAGCAUCUUCAUGAAUAUUUACCUUAUGAUGCAGAUGACGGCUGCCACCUGGGCCCGAUUUGCUGUCUGGAUGCUGAUUGGGUUUGCUAUCUACUUCAGCUAUGGAAUCCAACACAGCCGGGUCGCUUAACUUUACUUAAGUUAGGGCCAAAACUGUAGACCUUGAACUCAGCAGUGUGUGUACACAGUUGGCUUGACAUCAUCACACCUGAAUGCAGUCUGGUCCCCCUGCACAACAAUGGAGAGUAGUCUUGAAUACAUGGAAAGCUAGGCCUCCCAUAGCAUAUUGGUGGGGGAAAGUUAAUAGAGCUUUGCAUUUGUUGUGGAGUGAAGGAUUUUGUUUUUGUUUUUGUUUUUGUUUUUGUUUGCUUUUUUAACUUGUCUACUUUUUAAAUCUAUUUUUCAGUUGUGUCUAUAGCUGCUUGCUGCACUUAAAACAAUUUUAAUUGGGACCCUUGGGUGGCUCAGUCAGUUAAGCUUCUGACUUUUGAUUUUGGCUCAGAUCAUAAUCUCACAAUUUGUGGGAUUGAGCCCUAUGUCAGUCUCUGUGAUGACAGUGAGGGGCCUGCUUAGGAUUCUCUAUCUCCCCCCUCUUUGCCCCUCACUCCCUUCUCUCUGGAAAGUAAACACACAUUAAAAAGCAAUUAUUACUAAAAGAAACUAGAGAAAGUGUUUUUGUUAUCUUAAGGUAAAUAUGUAGCAAGGAAAACACUGGAUCAUAUGGCAGUUCUAUUUUGAAUUAGUUGCAGAACAAGCAUACUGUUUUCCACAGUGGCUACACCUAUUUACAUUCCACCAACAGUGUAUGAAGUUUCCUUUUUCUCCACAU